AUGGGUGAUGUUGAGGAAGACAACAAGAUCUUUGUUCAGAAGUGUGCCCAGUGCCACACUGUGGAAAGGGGAGGCAAACACAAGACUGGGGCAAAUCUCCAUGGACUGUUUGGGCGGAAGACAGGUCAGGCUGCUGGAUUCUCUUACACAGAUGUCAACAAGAACAAGGGCAUCACCUGGGGAGAGGAUACACUGAUGGAGUAUUUGGAGAAUCCCAAAAAGUACAUCCCUGGAACAAAAAUGAUCUUCGCUGGCAUUAAGAAGAAGGAAGAAAGGGCAGACUUAAUAGCUUUCCUCAAAAAAGCUACUAUUGAGUAA